CCUUUCUGUCUCCCUCACACACUCCUCCAGCGAUUGCACAACUAGAAGUUAUCCAGCGAGUAUCCUGAGCAGCUCGACGUCAGCGAGGGCCGCCCUUCGCUCACCGGCCAACCGCCCGGCACCUUUUGAGCGUACACACUGCGAGGCUUUGUUAGCCGGCGGGAGUCUGCAGUCUGCUUGCUCCGGCACUAGCUAGCUAGCUCAUCCCGGCCGGCCAGCGACGUAGCAGCGGCUAGGAAGAAGAUGUCGAGCAGAAGGUCGUCGCGCGGCUCCAUCUCCGACGAGGAGGUCAACGAGCUCAUGUCCAAGCUCCAGUCUCUGCUCCCCAACUCUCGCCGCCGCGGCUCCAGCCAGGCGUCGACGACGAAGCUGCUGAAGGAGACGUGCAGCUACAUCAAGAGCCUCCACCGGGAGGUGGACGACCUCAGCGACCGGCUGUCGGACCUCAUGUCGACCAUGGACCACAAUAGCGCCGAAGCGGAGAUCAUCCGCGGCAUCCUCCGCUCGUGAUCGUACUACGGCGCCGGCCGGUCGAUCGGCGAGAGCUCAACCGCCAGGACAAUUAAGCGGCGGCUGCGCUAUGGGUCUCUCCGGCCAGCCGGACACGUACGAGAGCUUUGCUUAGCUAGGGUAUAUAUAUCGUCCUCCACAUAUUUAAAUAUGUAUCUCUUUCCUGCUCCCUUUCUGCCUAGAUCUGAUCGUGUAGAUCAAAAAAUGUACUACGUGUCUCUAAGCUUCACUCCGUCUGUACUACGUAGGGCAUUAGCUUAGCUAGCGUUCCUACCUUGGGCCAAAGCUUAUCCUCGCGCGCUGGCUGCUGCUUGAGCUAAUCUCUCGAUCGUCUCCUCCGUGUGUUGUCCCUUUCUUGAUCUACUACUCGAUCUGUAAAUUUAGUUGGUGGCAUUGGAUCGAGUUGUGUCCUCUAUCGACAACCGACCGACCACUACUACGGUACUACUACUACCUAGAGCAAAUUAAUAUCAUCGUCAUGUUGUACCACCCCAGCUUUAACUUUUGUUGGAAUACGUACUACGAGAUCAAAUUAAUACUA